UGAUAACAACGGUUUGAAAUUAAGAGGUCAGAAAUGUAUACCUUGUGAACGAUCUUAAAAUAAACAUUAUUCGGAAUUUAAAAAUAUCACCAUUUUGCAAUCAUGUUGUUGUCUUGUAAUCAUACAUAUACUGUGUGUCAUCUUUGACAAAUAUGUACACAUGCCACUGUACUAUUUUGCUUGUCACUAACAUAUAAUACAUUAUUUUAUUCACUUAUUUUGCAUUGUCCUUUAUUCUGUUUCUUGUGCUAUAUUGAAAUUUGUUAAAAGUAUUUAAAGACAUUUCAUAUGUAACAAUCGUAUAAAAUUUCUUUCUGCAUAUGUUUUCCUUCUACUUACAUCUACCUUUUAUUUGCAGGAACCCAUUGAAACGGCAACCCCGAUUUCAUCCUUCGAGUCUCAUACGGAACGAAUAAAGCAGAUGCCUCUUCAUCCAACAGAGUACAAUAUUGACAAUGUGUAUGGUAUAAAUAUAAACGAUAAUUUUUACAGGCACGAUGAUUAUCUAAUGCCAAAUUAUCGCUAUGGAAUGAACCAUAAUGCCAUUUCUGUCAGCUCUUCCAACGUAAAUCGCCAAGGUGGCUUUAAAUACGACCCGUCCUCGUAUACUCUGCCGAGUACACCGAUUUAUCACGUGCCAUACCAGAGUGCCACUGCUUAUCCAAAAAGUUGUGAACCCUUACCGUUAUACAGCAAUACACAUACAGCGAUAGCAGCGCGCGAUAUGAUGACCGGCUUAUCGUAUACAAUGCAGGACUAUUACGAUCACCAGAUUACGGCAGUUUCUCCGAAUAGCCAAUAUUAUCCUUCACCGAAUAAUCCUACUCUCCCGAAAGAUUCGUGGGAAAAACUACCUAAUUUUUAUACAAACGGGUUAAACGAUCAUUAUCGUUCGUCAAUAAUGGGACUCUCGGAUUCGCAACUUCCAGGCUUUGUACACAAACCCAGUAAAACCAAUAGGAGGAAAUGCGAGUGCUCUAAUUGUACUGUCGACAAAGACAAAGCACUGCUUGGCAAUGACGGCAAACGGCUACACCUAUGUCCCAUGCAUGGAUGUGGAAAGAUCUUCAGCAAAUCGUCGCACGUUAAGGCGCAUGUCAGAAAGCACAGCGGCGAACGACCGUACCACUGUAACUGGAUUGUGUGUGGAAAAAGAUUCACGCGGAGUGACGAGCUGCAUCGUCAUUAUCGCACGCAUACUGGCGAAAGGAAACAUAUCUGCCACAUAUGCAGUAAAACAUUUAGCAGAAGUGACCAUCUCAACAAGCAUGCAAAGAUACACGAGAAGGGAAAUGAUAAAUCUUAUGCGAUUAGGACUGAUACGAACAAGGACAAUUUACCCGUGACAAGCAUCCGUGCCGAAAUCUCGGACUCCUCGACUACUCCUUUGGAAUAUUUUUCCUUUCUUAAGAAUUGCGAGAGGCUGCGACGUGCCGCGAGCAUGCGUCUGCGACCAACGGCCCUUAAGGCGAACGACGACGACGACGAGCAGCACGCCGACUCGCCUCCGUCGCGGUUGUCGCCUUCAUCGUCACCGCCGUCGCCGCCUUAA